CCAGGAAUACAGGGACCAUCUGGGCGUCCAGGACCUGCAGGUUUACCGGGACCACCAGGAACACCUGGAAUUCCAGGACCGAAGGGUAACAUGGGCUUAAAUUUCCAAGGAUCUAAAGGAGAAAAGGGUGAUCCAGGCCUACAGGGACCACCUGGACCUCCAGGACAAUCAACAGAGCAGAAGGAACCAGGGGACAGUCAAGUCCAGAAAGGGGAAAAGGGUGGAAAAGGCGAGCAAGGUUAUGAUGGAGCACCGGGGCUUCAAGGUCCUCCGGGCCCUUCUGGUGGUUCAAAGGGACAAAAAGGUGAAUCAGGAGACCUAGGAAAAAUAGGAAAACCUGGGAAGGAAGGGAGAAGUGGGUUCCCUGGUGCUGAGGGUCCUUCUGGUGAUCGUGGUUUUCCAGGAAGUCCGGGCAGAGAUGGGGAAAGGGGUCAAAAGGGUGAUCGUGGUGUCCCUGGACCUCCUGGUGAAGUCAUUGGAGGUCAAGAUCCAGUUACCAUAGGACCCAAAGGAAACACUGGACCCCCAGGAUUAUCAGGAAGCAAAGGAGAGCGUGGCUUUCCAGGUUCACAAGGUCCACCUGGCCUCCCUGGUCCUCCAGGUACCUCCUUCCCAGGUCUUCCUGGAGACCCUGGUCUGCCAGGGGAAAGGGGACAGAAAGGAGAUGAAGGUCCACAAGGAAUAUCUAUACCAGGUUCCCCAGGUCAGGAGGGACGCCAAGGAGUUCCUGGUCCUCCAGGACCACCUGGACCACCUGGACCAUUCACUCCUGCUGGAGUCUGUAAACCAGGGGAACCAGGCCUUCCCGGCAUUCCAGGUGAUUCAGGACUUUCAGGAGAAAGAGGACAGAAAGGUGACAAGGGAGAUACAUGCUACAACUGCAUAGGAAAUGGUGGCGAAGGACUGCAGGGAGACCCUGGUCCUCCUGGUCAACCCGGAAGCCCAGGACAGCCUGGUUUUACUGGGCCAAAAGGUGAUCCUGGUCUUCCUGGCUUGACAGGUCCUUCUGGGCCCCCCGGAUUUAAUGGCAUUCCUGGAGGCCCCGGUCGGCCUGGUCCUAAAGGGGAUCCUGGUGAUGUUAUUGCACUGCCUGGACUAAAAGGAGAGAAGGGGGACCCAGGAUUCCCAGGACCAGCAGGCAGUCCAGGUUUAGAUGGCAAUUUCGGAAGGGACGGAAUCCCAGGACUUCCAGGUCCUAAAGGAGAACCUGGUGGUCUCGCCUUCAAAGGUGAACGUGGCCCAUCUGGUGAGCCUGGACUUCCUGGCCUCCCUGGUGAUAGAGGCCCUUUAGGUCCUCCUGGCUUUGGUCCUGCUGGUCCAUCUGGUGAGAAAGGAGUGCAGGGAGUAUCUGGUCGUCCAGGAGCACCCGGAGCUCCAGGUGUUAAAGGACCACCUGGUCAGACUGUAACAGAGAAAGGAGUACAAGGGCCCAAAGGUUCUCCUGGGAACACAGGUCCUCCAGGAUCACCAGGUGACCCUGGGCAAAAUGGACAGCCAGGGCUUCCUGGAUCACAAGGAUUGCCAGGUUUUGGGGGUCAGGGCCCUCCUGGUUCACCAGGGCUACCUGGACCAGCUGGUCCUCCAGGUCAACCAGGAUUUCCAGGUAUACAAGGUGACAAAGGGGAUUCUGGUCCUCCAGGAUUUGAUAUUCCCGGGCCACAGGGAGAACGUGGUAAUCCUGGAUUUCCUGGAGAACGUGGAUUUCCAGGACCCCCCGGGCCACCUGGAUUUCAAGGUCGUGAUGGGAUACCAGGCGCUAGCGGCGCAAAGGGUGAUAUGGGAGCAAUGGGACCACCUGGACCAGCUGGAAAUUCUGGUGCUCCAGGAAGUCCUGGUUUUCCUGGUCCAAAAGGUCUUGAUGGAUUUCCUGGGCAGCCAGGCUUAAACGGCAAUACUGGCUCUAGAGGUGACAAGGGAGAACGUGGUCUUAUGGGCCCACCAGGACAGACUAGUGCAGGACUUCUUAAUAAAGGAAGUAAAGGAGAGCCUGGGCGAGAUGGUUCGCCUGGAUUAAAUGGAGAAAAAGGCUACAGUGGCAUGCCUGGUAAUCCCGGAACACCAGGUCAAAGUGGGCCCACAGGACCUCCAGGUUUACAAGGACCUAAAGGAGAUGCUGGCUUUCCUGGACAGCCUGGAUUACCUGGGUCAUCUGGACCAAAGGGGAACAUGGGAGAAAUGGGACUUCCCGGGCCACUGGGUGAAAAGGGCUUUCCUGGACAGCCAGGGCGCCCUGGAUCACCGGGACCUCCAGGAUUUAGUGGGUCGAGAGGUGAAAAAGGUGAACCAGGACUUUCAGGCAUGGGACAACCUGGCUUGCCUGGACAAAAGGGUGAUCCUGGGCCAGGUGGUUUUCCUGGCUCUUCUGGAAGUAAAGGAGAAGCAGGAAGCCCUGGAUUACCAGGAUUACCAGGUGCUUUAGGCCCUAAAGGAGAUCCAGGUUCCCCAGGAUUUUCAGGUGCUCCAGGUAUUCCUGGAUCUAAAGGACUUGAUGGACCUCCAGGGAACCCCGGGAGUCCAGGCUCAUCAGGACCAAGGGGAGAAUUUGGUCGUCCUGGGUCACCAGGAUCUCCAGGUGAAAAAGGUCAGCCUGGUCAAGAUGGAAUUCCUGGGCCUGCUGGUCUGAAAGGCGAACCAGGAUUACCCGGUUUUGGAUCCCCAGGAUUGUCUGGACUUCCUGGGAGUCCAGGUGCAAAGGGUGAGCCAGGAAUUUCUGGACCUCCCGGAUCUCCUGGAUUUCCGGGUCUAAAAGGAGACAGUGGUUAUCCUGGAGGUCCAGGUAGCCCAGGACCACCAGGACAACCAGGUCUCUCAGGGCUAGUCACACCAGGUCCCAAAGGAAAUCCUGGACCAGCAGGAACUCCUGGAAGACAAGGCCCUGAAGGUCCACCUGGCCCAGAAGGACCCCGUGGCCCCCCUGGCAGUGCAAGCUUUAAAGGUGACAAAGGAAAUCCUGGAAUACCUGGACAGCCCGGAUUCCCAGGACCUAAAGGAGACCCAGGAACGCCAGGUGUUCCGGGUGAUCCUGGAAGACCAGGUCUAAAUGGAAUGAAAGGAGAUCAGGGAGUUCCAGGCGUGCCAGGAUUCCCAGGUAUGAAAGGGCCCAGUGGUCCUCCUGGUUUGUCUGGCAGUAAAGGUGACCUAGGUAACCCAGGUCUUCAAGGUCUGCCAGGACCACCUGGUCCCAAAGGUGAGUUCAAGACAAUACAGGGACCACCUGGACAACCAGGACGUCCAGGAAACCUGGGACCUCCUGGACCGCCAGGACCCCCCGGAUUACCAGGUCCCUUGGGGCCAUCAGGUGACCCUGGCAGAGAUGGACUUCCAGGGUUUGAAGGACAGUUAGGACGCAAAGGUGACAAAGGUCCACCAGGACAACCAGGAUCAAGAGGAAACCAAGGUCCUCCAGGUCCAGAUGGAUUGCAAGGUCCUCCCGGUCCAGCUGGUUUAGGAUCUGUAGCUCAUGGAUUCCUUAUUACGCGCCACAGUCAGUCUACAGAUUCCCCACCUUGUCCUCAGGGAACUGCCAGAGUCUAUGAUGGGUAUUCUCUUCUCUACGUACAAGGAAAUGAAAGAGCCCAUGGUCAGGAUCUGGGUACUGCUGGUAGCUGCCUGCGACGCUUCAGCACCAUGCCUUUUAUGUUUUGCAAUAUCAACAAUGUAUGUAAUUUUGCAUCAAGAAAUGAUUACUCUUAUUGGCUCUCUACGCCAGAGCUGAUGCCAGCAAAUAUGGAGCCCCUAAGGGGAAGAGAGAUUCAGCCUUUUAUAAGCCGGUGCACUGUUUGUGAAACUCCUGCCAUGGUGAUUGCCAUUCACAGCCAAACCAUUCAGAUUCCUCCAUGUCCUCAAGGGUGGUCUUCUCUCUGGAUUGGCUAUUCAUUCAUGAUGCAUACAAGUGCUGGUGCAGAAGGCUCAGGACAAGCUUUAGCAUCUCCUGGAUCAUGUUUAGAGGAAUUCCGCUCUGCUCCUUUUAUUGAAUGUCACGGCCGCGGUACUUGCAACUACUAUGCAAACUCAUACAGUUUCUGGCUGGCCACGGUGGACCUUGCUGAAAUGUUUAGUAAACCUCAGUCUGAAACACUAAAAGCUGGAGACUUGAGAACACGCGUCAGUCGAUGCCAAGUAUGUAUGAAGAGGACGUAACGUUUUAGAGAACUGGCUACCUGUGGAAGAAAGCUUAGGUCGGAAUUGUCCUUUGUGACAAUGGUGCUACUGUGUAGAUAAAGUAAGAACCAGAUACUGUUUUAAAUAAAUUCAAAUGUACCUCACCAAAGUGCCAUAUUGAGGAUUGUCUGGUGCAUUUUGACGAACGGACUGAGAAAAAGAUUAACCUCUGCUGAGAGAGAAACCUGAGUUUUCGCAAAGGAUCACAUGAAGUUUUUUUCCCAGUACCAAAAUGGCACUUUCUUUUUUUUAUAAUCAGCUACACGAAGAAACGCACUGAGUAUGUUUAAAAUAACGAGGCUGCAGUUUUGGAAAACAUUUUUUUCAUGGUGCUACUAACCCUUCCAUACCCUGGGUUUCAAAAUAUAAAAAAAUGCUAAGCUUAUUUCUCUUUGUAAGUAAUGAAAUGUGUAUAUUGUGUAAAACACUUUUUUUUUUUUAGUUUGUCAGUGAAAUAAUUAAGGAAAAUACAAGUAUAAAAUCAUGUUUUCACGAUGUCACAAGUAUGCAAGGCCCGCUAUCAUAGUCAUUCAGCAGUAUUUGUAAAAAUAAUAAUUUUCUAAUUCCUAUAUGAGAAUACUACUGAUUUUAUAGCUUGCAUUUUCCCUCCUUGUUUAAUUGGAUUUUUGGCAAUGUAUGAUAAGUAUGUCUGUGGCCACACCGAUUUUAUUGUUAAUACUGUCUCCGUGCAAUUCCGUUUGGGUUUUUUAAACGUUUUGUUUUUGUACACUGAACACACACUAUAACUAGCCAUAUUCUUUCUAGCAUUUAAAUAAGACAGACACACAGAAGACAUGCAUAAUAUGUUAGUUUACCAAUCAGAAGCAGCCUUUUCAGGAACCACCAAAGUAUUUACACCUAUAAAAAAAAAGUGUUGUCUUGUAUCUUGAAUCUAGCGUGAAUGAAAUAAAGAGAGAUUGGCUAUAUCAGUA